UUCUCUUCUCUCUCACUCUCACCACCCAAAUUCCUCACGCUAAUCUCUUCUCCCAAAGUUUUCCUUAAUUAAUCCACCUUUCAUUCCCGGAAGCGGCAUUGUGGGCAAAUGUCCUCCAGUCCCACAUCCUAACCGUCCCAGAAACAGUAUCUGCUUGAUAGAGACGUCAAUCCGACAGCAGGAAAAAUGACACCUGCAGGCUCACAAGAGAAGGUUAACAGUGAAGGAAGAGAGGAAGAGGAAAGAAAACCAUGGGGCGACAAAAGGGUUAGCUUCCAGCCACAUAAAGGCGAGAGCUUGAUGAUGGAAAGAGAGAGAGAAAAAGGGAAAGCAGCAAGCGAUGAUGAUGAAAGCCUAGCUAGAGAGGAGGAGACGCUGUUGAGUAGAAAGCUAAGGAGAGGACUUGCAGUAGGGAAAAAGGGCAGACCUUGCACCCCUUCCCCUGCCUGGAAACUGGAGGAAGACGAAAGUGAGGAGUUGGAAGCCGACUCCGGCGUUGGGGAAAAGCGUCCAUCGGCGGCGAGGCAGAAGAAAUCUGUUUCGGCGAGGAAGCUUGGCGCGAAUCUCUGGGAGGUGCAGGAUUUGUUGCCCGUGGUCGGUAUGAGUCGAAAGAGCGGCCGACAUCACCGCCGAGGGGAUGUAGGAAGGGAUCCUGAUGAUUUCAUGCCUCUUUGUUCUGCUGAUCUUCCUCAGAGUGCUGGUAGUUUAAGGAGGCAUGUUGUUGCUUCAUUAAUCCAACACCGCAAGUCGAACGAAGGGAAGAACCAUGCUCUGCAGCCUGUAUCUCCUGCAACCUAUAGUAGCUCUAUGGAGGUUACGCCUUUUAAGCCAUCGACUAGUCCUGGCUGCCAACUGGAUCUGAAAGGUAGGAUUGGAGAUGCAGGUUAUAGCCUUAAAACAUCGACCGAAUUAUUGAAGGUUUUGAAUCGUAUUUGGAGCUUGGAAGAACAGCAUGCAUCUAAUGUAUCUGUAGUUAAAGCAUUGAAAGUGGAGUUGGAACACGCAAGGGCGCACAUUCAGGAGCUGAAGCAAGAGGAAAAGGACCGUCAUCGGGAAAUGGAUGAUUUGAUGAAUCAAAUUGCAGAAGAUAAAGUAGUUAGGAAGAACAAGGAGCAAGAUAGGAGGAGGGCCGCAGUUCAGUCCAUAAGAGAAGAACUAGAUGAUGAGAGGAGGUUAAGAAGACGGUCGGAGAAUUUGCAUCGUAAAUUGGGCAAGGAGUUAUCUGAAACAAAAACUGCAUUAUCGAAGGCUCAUAAAGAUCUGGAAAAUGAAAGGAAAUCAAAUGGUUUGUUAGAGGAUCUUUGUGAUGAGUUUGCAAGGGGAAUUGGGCAAUAUGAGAAAGAAAUAAGAGAGUUAAAUAAGAAGUAUACAAAGGAUUGCGACCGGAAGGUUGAUGGUUUACUGCUUUAUAUAUCUGAAGUAUGGUUGGAUGAGAGAUUGCAGAUGCAAAUGGAUGAAUCUUGCAGCGAGCAGGCUAAAAAUUGUAGAUUGGAAGAGGAAAUUGUUUCAUUUCUUCAAGCUAGACGAGCCAACAGCAUUAAGGAGGACAGUGAACAACAACAUCAUAAUUUGCAUCGUCAAUCCCUUGAGUCCCUCCAUUUGAAUGGGACCAUUAGUGCGCCUCGUGAUAUUGAAGAUGAUGAUUCCAUAGCUAGUGACCUCCAUUGCUUUGAGCUUAACAUGGAUAAAACUAAAGAAGGAGCUCAUGAUCAAUUAAGAUCACAUUGUGCAAUUAAUUCCAGCAACUUAGAAUCUGCAAGGAAAUCUUUUUCUGGUAGAAAAGCAGUAGGAUAUCAUAGAAGUAUCAAAGCUAAGAGUUUAUCCAUGUCACAAGAAGGACUAGAAAGGCAACUUGAAGGCAUGGAUUUGGGCUCAGAUGUUGAUUCUGGAAUUGCUGAAGCAGAUAAGGGUGAAGCUACUACUUCAGCUGGUGACCAUGAAGCAAAUAUGGAUGCCAUGGAUGGCUCAAACCUUUUGACUCAUUACAUGGUCAAGAACCAUUUGGAUAAUUCUAGUGGUUGCAAGGUUCAUCAUGUGAACUAUCAAGGUGAAAUAAGCCAUAACAAACUCUCAGGAAGAGGGCAGUUUCUUCCAAAGUUUGGGCACAAUAUCACAGGAAAUUCAAUCCUUGCGUCCAGUCCUGUGCAACAGUGGAAUCACAGAAGAGUUUCUAAGGAUCUUCAAAUCUCAGAAUGCUCAUCAAAACUACCACACGGACUGAAAGAAAACACUUUGAAGGCAAAACUUCUUGAGGCAAGGUUGGAAGGAAGACAUGCUCGUUUGAAAGCUUUGAAAGGUACAUGAUUUGCAGAAUCAGGCAAUGAAAUAAUACGGUAUUAUAAAGUUGUUGCCAGUUCUACCAGCUUGUUCCAAGAUAUUGUAUAA